CCUUUCGCCACCCACGAGCCACGACUCCCUCCCCUUCCCCUUCCCCCAUCCGCUCAUCGCCUCCGGGUUUGCGCUCCCAGCCUCCCACCGUUGCCGCGAGGAUGGAGCAGACCUUCAUCAUGAUCAAGCCCGACGGCGUCCAGCGGGGCCUGAUCGGGGACAUCAUCAGUCGGUUCGAGAAGAAAGGGUUCUACCUCAAGGGGAUGAAGUUUAUGAAUGUGGAGAGGUCCUUUGCACAGCAGCACUACGCUGACCUUUCUGACAAGCCCUUCUUUCCUGGGUUGGUGGAGUACAUUAUUUCUGGACCUGUUGUCGCAAUGGUGUGGGAGGGGAAGGACGUUGUGUUGACUGGCCGCAGGAUAAUUGGGGCCACCAGGCCUUGGGAGGCUGCUCCUGGCACCAUCCGUGGUGACUAUGCCGUUGAAGUUGGCAGGAAUGUCAUCCAUGGAAGUGACUCGGUGGACAAUGCAAAGAAGGAGAUUGCUCUUUGGUUCCCUUCAGGUGUGGCAGAGUGGAGAAGCAACCUUCAUCCCUGGAUCUAUGAGGCUUAAGCUUCGAGAUACUACUGGAAGUGUGGUUUCCUUUAAAAUUGAGUUUUUCCUUGAAGUUAUCGGUUGGCUCUAGCUGUGGAGUCAUGUCCAGUGUUUUGUGGUAUAUAGAACAGUUAAAUGUGCCUGAAGGCUGAAGCCCUGAACUUGGUGGCAUUCGUGUUUUUUUCUUUGUUCCUGCUUUAAUAUUUUAAUCUACUGUAAUUGCAAACCAGUUAAUGAGAUCUGAAAUAAAAUGUCGACCUGGUAUUUGCUAGAAA